ACAACAAUUCCCAUAGAUUCAUUUCAUUUUUGGCCUGAUUGGGCGCGUAAAAGGUUUGUGAGAGGUCCUGAAGCAUGGCUUCCCCAUCACCCAAGUCACCGGGCCAAAUAUCAGACAAAAGUAAAAAAUAUGACCGACAAUUAAGGCUUUGGGGGGACCAUGGUCAAACUGCAUUGGAGAGUGCAAAUGUAUGUUUAAUUAACGCAACCGCAACAGGGACGGAAAUUUUAAAAUCUCUAGUCUUGCCUGGAAUUGGUUCUUUUACAAUAGUGGAUGGAGCUUUAGUUUCUGGUGAAGAUGCAGGGAACAAUUUCUUCCUCGAUCAUACAAAAAUCGGGAAGCCCCGUGCACAUGUGGCAACUCAAUUAUUAAUGGAACUCAACUCAGACGUAAAAGGCGACUACAUAGAGGAAACCUGUGAUCAACUUUUGUCGAAUAAUCCAGAUUUUUUUUGUUCCUUCUCAGUUGUGAUUGCCACAGGCAUCACCGAGAAGUCAUUGCAUUCUUUGUCUUCUAAUUUGUGGCAAAACAAUGUGCCACUUGUCGUAUCUGUAUCCUAUGGGUUUAUUGGCUCCAUUCGUCUUCAAGUCAGUGAGCACUGCAUCAUUGAAUCCCACCCAGAUAGUUUGCUGGAAGACCUAAGACUUGACAAGCCAUUUCCUGGGUUGAAAGAAUUUAUGGACUCAAUCAAGCUAUCAGAAAUGAAUCACAAGCAAUUCAGUCACACACCCUAUUUGGUGUUAUUGUACAAAGCAUUAGAAAUUUGGAAUGAAAGGCAUGGACCUAAUCCACCAUCAAAUUAUAAAGAAAAAGAGAUUCUCAAGAAUAUUAUUAAAAAUGAACUAGGAUAUGGUAUCGCAAAUAAAGAAGAAGACAGCAAUACGGGUGACGAAGAAAACGUGGCCGAAGCUAUUAAAGCGGUCAACACAGCGCUAACGAAAACCCAAGUUCCAUCGAAUGUGCAAAAGAUCUUGAACGACGACCAGUGUAUUCACCUUAAAGAAAAAAAUUCCUUCUGGAUCAUUGCUCGCGCUGUGAAAGAAUUUGUUGAAAAGGAAGGAAACGGAGUACUUCCUCUACGCGGAUCUCUUCCCGACAUGACCUCAGAUUCGCAACGCUACAUUGCUCUUCAGAAUGUAUAUCGUGAGCAAGCAUCUAAAGAUGCUGAGCACGUGUGGCGUCACGUACAAACUAUACUGAAGGAACGAGGCUGGGCUGGUGAAUCUGUGAUCGAAAAUGACGUCAAACUCUUUUGCAAACACUCUUCUGAAUUACGAAUGAUUCGAGGCAGUUCCUUGGCAGAAGAAUUGGAUGGCAAACAACUUCCUGCAGAUGUAGAUAUUAACCAGCAGUUGGAGGAACCAGACAGCCCAUGGCUUCACUAUCUCCUUCUGAGAGCCGUGAACAAAUUUCAUACAGAAAAUGGAUCACAUCCCGGUUAUUAUGACGACAAUGUCGAAACUGAUAUAGCUAAAUUAAAGGGUUGUUUCUCUCGUCUUCUUCACGACCUGGGUUGCCAGGGCGGCAGCCUUUCCAAGGACGACAACCUCCAUGAAAUGUGCCGCUACGGUGCGGCGGAAUUGCAUGCCGUUGCCGCAUUCAUCGGUGGGUGUGCCGCCCAAGAAGUCAUCAAGCUCAUCACGAAGCAGUACGUUCCGCUGGAUAACACUUUUAUUUUCAACUCGGUAACUACUACGACAGCAACGCUACGCUUGUAAAAAGGAAAAGCUAAACCAUC